CUGCGACUGGUGUUUUGGCUCUUUUCAUCUUUCCCAUAGCUUCUUGGUCGGAAUACUUCGCGCGAGACUGACAUGUGCUGGUCUUCGUAUUCUCUCUUCUUGCUGGUACUCUACGCCAAAGGUAUAUGGUGCCUGAGGCUGGUGUCACUACAUGUCCCAACGAAAGUAGUCGUGGGCGACGAAAUCAAGUUGUCCUGCGGUUACGAUCUCGAAGGAGACACGCUGUAUUCAAUUAAGUGGUAUCGAGACGAAAUAGAAUUCUUCAGGUUUGUUCCCAGAGAUAAGCCACCUGGACAAUUCUUCCCUCUUCAAGGAGUGAGAGUAGAUAUGGCUUACGAUGGAUUACGAAAACACGAGCAUGUGUAAACUCUUGACUAAAUAGAAGUGAGUAACGAAAAGACGGGAUAAGAUUUUGCUUCAGGCGCCUGACUGAUUCGCCCACGCGUCAUUUAGUACUUUGUCAGCGUGAAAACAUUGUAACUUGAGAUUCUAUUUUCUGUAACUCUUCUGUUGUUCUGAUUUCAACAG